AUGGGGAAGGCACAGAGGAGCCCAGGGCUGGUUCUUGUGCUGAGGCACCACGAUGGAUUUUAUAAGGCGUUCUUUCCCCCCUGGGGCCUCAGCGGUUGGGGUGAAGGGGGAAUCAGACCUCAGUCUAGCUCUGGGGUGUGUUUUUAUGUGGGGGUUACGGUGGCCUGGCCUCUCGGGCUGUGUUCACACCGCUCCGUGGAAGCUGAGCUCCACCCUCUCCCUGGGUCUCUGCCAACUAACGCACGUUCUCCCUUGCCAGGCGCCGCCCACAAACUGGUGUGUUAUUUUGCCGGCUGGGCGCAGAGCCGACCUGGCCCUGCCUCGAUCUUGCCCCGUGACCUGGACCCCUUCCUCUGUACCCACCUGAUAUUUGCCUUCGCCUCAAUGAACAACAAUCGCAUCGUUGCUAAGGAUUUCCGGGAUGAGAAAAUUAUCUACCCAGAGUUCAACAAGCUCAAGGAGAAGAACAGGAAGCUGAAAACACUGCUGUCCAUUGGUGGGUGGAACUUUGGCACAACCAGGUUCACCACCAUGCUUUCCACAUCGGCCAACCGGGAAAGGUUUAUUGAUUCAGUUAUAUCCCUCCUGAGGACACAUAACUUUGAUGGUCUGGACCUCUUCUUCUUGUACCCUGGAGUAAGAGGCAGUCCCAUGAGGGACCGAUGGACUUUUCUCCUCUUAAUUGAAGAGCUCCUGUUUGCCUUCCAGAAGGAGGCGCAGCUUACCAGGCGUCCCAAGCUGCUGCUCUCUGCUGCUGUCUCUGGGGAUGAACAAAUCAUCAAAACAGCUUAUGAAGUGCUCCUUCUGGGAAGGCUCCUGGAUUUCAUCAGCGUCUUAUCUUAUGACUUUCAUGGAAGCUGGGAAAAGUUCACAGGACACAAUAGUCCCCUGUUCUCUCUGCCUGGAGACCCCAAAUCUUCGGCACAUGCCAUGAAAUACUGGCGGAAUCUGGGGGCACCCCCAGAGAAGCUCCUCAUGGGGCUCCCCACCUAUGGACGGACGUUUAACCUCCUCAAGGCCUCUAAUAAUGGGCUACAGGCUGAAGCUAAGGGUGUUGCGCUUUCAGGAAAGUACACCAAGCAAGAUGGCUUCUUGGCUUAUUAUGAGAUUUGCUCCUUCGUCCAGAAAGCGACGAAGCGCUGGAUUGACUAUCAGCAUGUCCCAUACGCCUACAAGGGGAAUGUGUGGGUUGGCUAUGAUGAUGUCCUCAGCUUCAGUCACAAGGCAAGGUUCAUAAAAGGAGGGAAUUUUGGGGGAGCCAUGGUGUGGACAUUGGACUUGGAUGACGUUAAGGGCACUUUCUGUGGCACUGGUCCUUUCCCCCUUGUCUCCAAGUUGCAUAGUUUCCUGGUGCAAGCUGAGUUCAGCUCAACUCCUUCACCAAAAUUUUGGCUCUCAACUGCUAUGAAUUCUUUAAGAACUGACCCUGAAAGUCCGACUGGAACCAAUGAUAUGGGGCUUUUGUCCUCAGAAGGAAAGUCUAUGGCUUCUAACACCCAUAGGAAGUCUGCAGAUAUGACUAGAGGCCACCAAAGUGGGAUUGUGACCCCUACGAGUGAAACUAUGUCCUUUGGAAAGCACACUGUGGCUGUGGAAAUGAAGACUGAGACCCUUGGAGACACUAUGACUCACGGAGAGAUGAGUAUGGUUUCUAUGCAUGGUCAGACUAAGUCCCCUGGAGAGAAGAUCGUGCCCCUUGGAAAGAGAGCUGUAGCCCCUGGAAUGAUGACUACCCCCUCCAGAAAUAUUACAGUCACUCCUGACAGGCAGACCAAGACUCUUAGAAGAGAGCCCACCACUUCUGAGGUGGACACAGACCACCCGGUUGGUCACGUUGGUCUUCAGACAGAAGCCCAAAGCAGGAGGCCAUCCUCUGGCCCUGUCAUCUAGCCCCAGGACACAUUCCUCUUGCUUUGGACAACGCCUGUGUUCCCAUUAAUGGGAACGAGUCCUCUGUCAGUUCGAUGACCCUUCCAACAAGUGCUCUGUCUCUCUCUCUAAAGAAAGAAAACCCAGAAAACUCUGCUGUGUGUC